GGUGUAGACACAGGCGCAGGCGCGGGACGAGCCAGUGUCACACACCUCUCCAAGCCCUUCACCCCCUCUCACCACAAGUCUGACUCAUCAUGUCCAGCCGGCGUAACACGGUGUUUGUGGCCAACAUUGCCAUGAGUGUCUCUCCUGGUGAGGUCGAGGCCGCCUUGUCACAGGCCGGCGAGGUGGCUUCGGUACAAUUCACAACAACUGCAUCGGGCAAGCAUCGCGGGUUUGGCUACAUCGACUUUACCACCCGCGAGGCAGCUGUGGCCGCCACCGAGUUGGAGGGUCUCGAGCUCGGCGGAAAGCCCAUCCGUAUCGAUCUCUGUGAAAAGUAGAGGGAGCUGGAUAACAGUGACACGCCCCCACAGCAUCGUCCUGUCCGUUCGAUCGCCUACUUCACUUUGCUCGCCCCCGCUUGCUCGACGUCGAUCGCAUCUGUCACCAUCCAGCGCCUGGACAUGGGCAGGCCCUUCUUCCCCCCCCCCCCCCCUCAUCAUGAC